AUGUCCGUGUCCAAGUCAUGGGUGGUCGGCCACGUAUUUCCCCCUCCAUCAACCCAUGCUGCCAUGCUCACUGCAGCAUUCCAGCUAAUGCACUCUAAUGCGGAUUAUGUCCAUGUGGAAGCGACGAUCAUUCCCGGCAAGGAGGAGAGUGAGGAUGAGGAUGAGGAUGAUGAUGAUGAUGAUGAUGGAUGCACUCAUUUUGUUGGAUGCAUAAACAGAUUACUAGAGGGUGCAGAUGACGAGUAG